AUGGCCUCACCACCGUACAGCCUGACAGAACGCAAUGCCAACCCACCCCGGAACAAAACCAUCCUGAUUACCGGAGGAGCAUCAGGCAUCGGCCUCGCCACCGCCGCCUACCUCCACACCUCCGAAUACAAAAACAACAUCGUCUGCGUGGACCUCGCCUCCAACCCGCCCUCGGUAGCCGAGCUCCGCAAAUCCCCCCGUUUCCUCUACCUCCCCUGCGACGUGACGAGCUGGCCCUCCCAACGCGCCGCCUUCGCCAAAGCCUCCGAGUUCUUCGGCCGCAUCGACUGCGUCUUCGUCAACGCCGGCGUGGCGGAGAUUGGCGAGCAGAUCUUCACGGAUUCGUUUGAUAAAGACGGCCAGCUCCAGGAACCGGAUCGUCGGACUAUUGAUAUUGAUAUUCGUGCUGUCGGCGAUACGUUGAAAUUGGCCAUGUACCACUUGCGCAACGACAAGGACGAGACGAGUGGGAGGCGCAAGGGGUCCGGGAGGGGCGAGGGCGGGAGUAUUGUUAUGACGGCUUCGCUGGCGGGGUAUCUGGCUUCUGCUGGGGCGCCGCUGUAUUCGGCCGCGAAACAUGGUGUGGUCGGGUAUUUGCGGGCGUUGAAGGGGGAUUGUGCGAAGGUGGGGAUUGCGAUUAGUGUGAUUGCGCCUGGCAUAACGCUCACGCCGAUCAUUCUUGGUCGGAGGACGGGGCAGACGUUGCAGGAAUGGGGGAAGGAUAUGGGAGAUCGUGGUGUCCCGAUCAAUAAUGCUGAGACGGUGGCGUUGACGGUGUCGAAUUUGAUGGGCCAGGGGAUGAAAGCGAAUGGGUCUGGGAUUUUGAUCCAGGCGAACCGGUGUCAGGAUCUGGAAGGCGGAAUAGCGAAGGGGAGGGAGCAGUGGAUGGGAAAGGAGAUGUUGGAUAUGUUCAGAGGAGGCCGAAAUGCGCCGUUGUUCCCUAACAAGCUGUAA